AUGGGUGGGCUGGUCAAUGAAGACAAAUCAAAAGUCACCACAAAUUCUUUCUUGAGAUCGUUGGCUUGGCAGAUGGCUCAGUUACAUAGUGGCAUUCUGUCGGCUGCACUAGACGUUGCGGCAAAGUGGCAGGAUGCAACAAUCAGCAAGGCGGGCCAUAAUCCUGUUUGGCAGAGACUUUACCUGCGCAGUUUGCUCCAGCUUCCUCUGAUGAAGUAG